AUGAAACUGAUGUUCGAGGUGUACGACCGGGACCAGGACCAGUUCAUCGGUUUCGACGACCUGCUGUCAAUGCUGCAGGUCGCCACCACCAAGCGCGUCGCGGCCGGCGAGCUGGAGCGGGUGUGUCGGGCGCUCAUAGAGGUCUUCGACGCGGACAAGGACGGGAGGCUGUCUCUGGGGGAGUUCAGCAACCUGGUCAAGGCGAGCUCGGAGCUGCGCGCACCGUCGUGA